UAUAAAAAAUCUGAAAAAAUAUAUCGCAAAUGUUUGACUUUUUCAGACCGGCAUUUCUAUAGACAACCCUGUGUGUAUUUCGGGUCCUGAGUCAACGUGGGACAGUGCGUUUGUGUCAUGCCGAAUUUGUUGUCAAGUGUUUGUGUUUUUAAUGUCAGUAGGUCUAUUUUGACAUUUUUUACAUUACUAGUUUGGGAUAUUGGACAGUAACUGUGACGACUUAUCAUGAUGCCGGGGGAGAAUCUUUCCAAAAUCGCUUCAGGAGCAACUACUGGAGCCUGUCAAAACUGCACUGUGCUUCACCAGAACCUAAACGAAUAUGUGGCAGCUCUCCUGGUUUUGAAACAGAAAACUAUUGACUCCGAUCACCUGCUGAGUGAAUAUCAAGGGAAGUGUGAAGAGCUUCAGACAUCCCAGAGGGAGACCAGUAAGCAGCGUAUACAACUUGAUGAUCUGCAGUUGAAAGUAGCUUCUCUGGUAAAGCAACAUGCAGAGUACGAAGCCGUGCGGGCAGAGCUGGAGGCUAAGCAGAGCGCUGAGAAGUUGUCCCAGCAGCUGUUUGAGGAAGUGGAGAGGCUGAAGGAGCAGAACAACAACACAGAGACUCUAAAGAAGAGACUUGAGGACCAGCUGAAGAUGGUAGCAGAGACAACAGAGAAGCAGUGUGUGGAUAAUGUCCAGCUGAGACAGGAGAAGACGGCACUGCAGAAAGACCUGCUGACAACACAGGUGUCGUUGAAGACAUGUCAGAAGGGAGCAGAUGAAGUGCAGCAGUUGAAGGAGGACAACGCCAGGACAUCCGUUCUAAAAUACGACCUGGAAAAACAACUUGUACUGUUUCAAGAUUCUCAACUCAAGCAAGAGCGUGACAUUACCAGGCUGAAAACAGAGAAGAUUGUACUGGAGAACGAGCUUCUACAUCUUCAGGAACGACUAGAGAAACUGGAGACUGAGAAGAAUAAAGUAUUAAAGAGCUCAUCAACUCAAGCAACGGCACCUGAAGAAACACAGGUGGAUAAAGAGAAGAUCCAGAGGCUGCUGGAGGAUCUAUGGGUGUGUGUAGCUCCUCCCUCAUCACACCUCCCUGCCAGGAGGAAACGGCAGUUAAAGGAGCACCACCAAGACCGCAGCACAGUUGAACCCCACAGACCUGACAGUGACCCGCCAGGCCAUGUACCCAGCAGGAACAGUGACCCGGCAGGCCAUGUACCCAGCAGGAACAGUGACCCGGCAGGCCAUGGACCCGGCAGGAACAGUGACCCGGCAGGACAUGGACCCGGCAGGAACAGUGACCCGGCAGGACAUGGACCCGGCAGGAACAGUGACCCGGCAGGACAUGGACCCGGCAGGAACAGUGACCCGGCAGGCCAUGGACCCGGCAGGAACAGUGACCCGCCAGGCCCUGGACCCGGCAGGAACAGUGACCCGCCAGGCCCUGGACCCGGCAGGAACAGUGACCCGCCAGGCCAUGGACCCGGCAGGAACAGUGACCCGGCAGGCCCUGCACCCGGCAGGAACAGUGACCCGGCAGGCCAUGGACCCGGCAGGAACAGUGACCCGCUAGGCCAUGGACCCGGCAGGAACAGUGACCCGCUAGGCCAUGGACCCGGCAGGAACAGUGACCCGGCAGUCCCUGGACCCGGCAGGAACAGUGACCCGGCAGUCCCUGGACCCGGCAGGAACAGUGACCCGGCAGACCCUGGUCCCGGCAGGAACAAUGACCCGGCAGGUCAUGGACCCAGCAGGAACAUUGACCCGCCAGGCCAUAAACAUAGUAGAUCAGUUGAGGAGAUCCUGGACUGGUUCAAGCCGCUGCCCCCUGUCCUCUCCCCUUACCCUGCUCCUCAGCUCAGGAGAGGUUGGAUGAUGUCUUGGAGUCCAGAGCUCGAGGGACCAGAUUUCCUCUAGAGAACAGAAACCAC